GUCGGGGGCGGCAUGCCGGACCACUGCCAAAUGACCUGCUGCCCCUACUCAGCCCCAAGCCCUGGCGAGUCAGCCGUGUAAGCCUCCUCCCCUCCCGCUUCGGGCUGCUUGAGCCCGCGCCCGCUCCAGUUGCUGCAGCUGCCACUGCUGGCGGCUGCGGGGAGCGCGCCGAAGAGGCUCGGGCUGCGCGAACGGGGACGAGGAGGAGCCCGAGGAGGCAAGGAGGAAGAAGCGAGCAGAGGCCGAGGAAGCGCAGGGUCGCAGAGACCCGGCCCGAAGGGGUCCCGCAGAGGCAGGGCAGACGGCCGCAACCAACCUGCUGCGGCCCCGCAAGCACAGGAGGCGGUGAUCUAGGAGCGAGCGAAGCGCAGCCCAGGGAAGAAGGAAGGGUGGCGCGGGCACGCCCGGGCGGGAGGGCGCGGAUUCUCCGAUCCUAACGAGCUGUCGCCUCAUCACCCGAGAGAGCUGCGCGGGGACGGGCGGGGGACCCCGGGCCGGGGCGCAGCGCACACGCGUGGCGCACGCCAGGCGGGCCGGGCGGUGCCGAGGGCACGCAGGAUCGCGCUCAAGGAGCUUCGGGCGGCACAGACCCAGGGCACGAACGGCCCGGGGCGCCCCCUGGGCUCUCCGUCCUCCGCGCAGUCCCGGGGGCGAUCGAGGCCCGGGUCCGGGAGUGGGAGCCACCCGCCCUUAUCCCCUCCCCCCCCCGGGCCGGCCGGCAGCCCGGGGGAGGGCGGGCGGCGGCGCUUGGCUGUAUAUAUCUCCGCACACCCCGCCAGGUCGCGCACAGCGCCCCGAGCCCAGGCACCUCCCCGCCCCCCUCCCGGCGCUCCGCGGCGGCGGCGGCAGCGGCAGCAGUAGCAGCAACAUGGCUGUUGAUGGGUGUUCGGGGUGGCGCUGGCGGCGGGAGGAGCUCCCUCGAGCCCCUGCGCCUGCCGCCCGUUGCUAGCUAUGGCAAACGGUGGCGGCGGCGGCGGCGGCGGCGGCAGCAGCGGCGGCGGCGGCGGCGGCGGCGGCGGAGGCAGCGGUCUUAGAAUGAGCAGCAAUAUCCACGCGAACCAUCUCAGCCUAGACGCGUCCUCCUCCUCCUCUUCCUCCUCCUCCUCUUCUUCUUCCUCCUCCUCUUCCUCCUCGUCCUCGGUCCACGAGCCCAAGAUGGAUGCGCUCAUCAUCCCGGUGACCAUGGAGGUGCCGUGCGACAGCCGGGGCCAACGCAUGUGGUGGGCUUUCUUGGCCUCCUCCAUGGUGACUUUCUUCGGGGGCCUUUUCAUCAUCUUGCUCUGGCGGACGCUCAAGUACCUGUGGACCGUUUGCUGCCACUGCGGGGGCAAGACGAAGGAGGCCCAGAAGAUAAACAAUGGCUCCAGCCAGGCAGAUGGUACUCUCAAGCCAGUGGAUGAAAAAGAGGAGGUGGUGGCAGCCGAGGUCGGCUGGAUGACAUCUGUGAAGGACUGGGCAGGGGUGAUGAUAUCCGCCCAGACACUGACUGGCAGAGUUCUGGUUGUGUUAGUCUUUGCUCUCAGCAUUGGUGCCCUUGUAAUAUACUUCAUAGACUCGUCAAACCCAAUAGAAUCCUGCCAGAAUUUCUACAAAGAUUUCACAUUACAGAUCGACAUGGCUUUCAACGUGUUCUUCCUCCUCUACUUUGGCUUGAGGUUUAUUGCAGCCAAUGAUAAGCUGUGGUUCUGGCUGGAAGUGAAUUCAGUAGUAGAUUUCUUCACAGUCCCUCCUGUGUUUGUGUCUGUGUACUUAAACAGAAGUUGGCUUGGCUUGAGAUUUUUAAGAGCUCUCAGACUGAUACAGUUUUCAGAAAUUUUGCAGUUUCUGAAUAUCCUUAAAACAAGUAAUUCCAUCAAGCUGGUGAAUCUGCUCUCCAUAUUUAUCAGCACGUGGCUGACUGCAGCUGGAUUCAUCCACUUGGUAGAGAAUUCAGGGGACCCAUGGGAAAAUUUCCAAAACAACCAGGCACUUACGUAUUGGGAAUGUGUCUACUUACUCAUGGUCACAAUGUCUACAGUGGGUUACGGGGAUGUUUAUGCAAAAACCACGCUUGGACGUCUCUUCAUGGUCUUCUUCAUCCUCGGAGGACUGGCCAUGUUUGCCAGCUACGUCCCUGAAAUCAUAGAGUUAAUAGGAAACCGCAAGAAAUACGGGGGCUCCUAUAGCGCGGUUAGUGGAAGAAAGCACAUUGUGGUCUGUGGACACAUUACUCUGGAGAGUGUCUCUAACUUCCUGAAGGACUUUCUGCACAAGGACCGGGAUGAUGUCAACGUGGAGAUUGUCUUUCUUCACAACAUCUCCCCUAACCUUGAGCUUGAGGCUCUGUUCAAACGGCAUUUCACUCAGGUGGAGUUUUAUCAGGGCUCUGUCCUCAAUCCACAUGAUCUUGCCAGAGUCAAGAUAGAGUCAGCAGAUGCAUGCCUGAUCCUUGCCAAUAAGUACUGUGCUGACCCGGAUGCAGAAGACGCCUCCAACAUCAUGAGAGUGAUCUCUAUAAAGAACUACCACCCGAAGAUCAGGAUCAUUACUCAGAUGCUGCAGUAUCAUAACAAGGCCCAUCUGCUCAACAUCCCCAGCUGGAACUGGAAAGAGGGUGAUGACGCAAUAUGCCUUGCAGAGCUCAAGUUGGGUUUCAUAGCCCAGAGCUGUCUGGCUCAAGGCCUCUCCACAAUGCUUGCCAAUCUCUUCUCUAUGAGGUCAUUCAUAAAGAUUGAGGAAGACACAUGGCAGAAAUACUACUUGGAAGGAGUCUCCAAUGAAAUGUACACAGAAUAUCUCUCCAGUGCCUUCGUGGGUCUGUCCUUCCCUACUGUUUGUGAGCUGUGUUUUGUGAAGCUUAAGCUCCUGAUGAUAGCCAUUGAGUACAAGUCUGCCAACAGAGAGAGCCGAAGCCGAAAGCGAAUAUUAAUUAACCCUGGGAACCACCUUAAGAUCCAAGAAGGUACUUUAGGAUUUUUCAUCGCAAGUGAUGCCAAAGAAGUUAAAAGGGCAUUUUUUUACUGCAAGGCCUGUCAUGAUGACGUCACAGAUCCCAAAAGAAUUAAAAAAUGCGGCUGCAGGCGGCUGAUCUAUUCCAAGAUGUCCAUCUACAAGAGAAUGAGACGAGCAUGUUGUUUUGAUUGCGGACGUUCUGAGCGUGACUGCUCGUGCAUGUCAGGCCGUGUGCGUGGUAACGUGGACACCCUUGAGAGAACCUUCCCGCUUUCUUCUGUCUCUGUUAAUGAUUGCUCCACCAGUUUCCGUGCCUUUGAAGAUGAGCAGCCGCCAACACUGUCACCAAAAAAAAAACAACGUAAUGGGGGCAUGAGGAACUCACCCAACACCUCGCCAAAGCUGAUGAGGCAUGACCCCUUGUUAAUUCCUGGCAAUGACCAGAUUGACAACAUGGACUCCAAUGUGAAAAAGUACGACUCCACUGGGAUGUUUCACUGGUGUGCAGCCAAGGAGAUUGAGAAAGUCAUCUUGACUCGAAGUGAAGCUGCCAUGACUGUCCUGAGUGGUCAUGUCGUAGUCUGCAUCUUUGGGGAUGUCAGCUCAGCCCUGAUUGGCCUCCGGAACCUGGUGAUGCCGCUUCGUGCUAGCAACUUUCACUAUCAUGAGCUUAAACACAUUGUGUUUGUGGGCUCCAUCGAGUACCUCAAGCGGGAGUGGGAAACACUGCACAACUUCCCCAAAGUGUCCAUAUUGCCUGGUACGCCAUUAAGUCGGGCUGAUUUAAGGGCUGUCAACAUCAACCUCUGUGACAUGUGCGUUAUCCUGUCAGCCAAUCAGAAUAAUAUUGAUGAUACUUCGCUUCAGGACAAGGAAUGCAUCUUGGCGUCACUCAACAUCAAAUCUAUGCAGUUUGAUGACAGCAUCGGGGUCUUGCAGGCUAAUUCCCAAGGAUUCACACCUCCUGGAAUGGACAGAUCAUCACCUGACAAUAGCCCAGUGCAUGGAAUGUUACGGCAGCCGUCCAUCACAACCGGGGUCAACAUUCCCAUCAUCACAGAACUCGUGAACGAUACUAAUGUUCAGUUUUUGGACCAAGACGAUGACGAUGACCCGGACACAGAGCUGUACCUCACACAGCCCUUUGCUUGUGGGACAGCAUUUGCCGUCAGCGUCCUGGACUCACUCAUGAGUGCGACAUACUUCAAUGACAAUAUCCUCACCCUAAUACGGACCCUGGUGACAGGAGGAGCCACACCAGAGCUCGAGGCUCUGAUAGCUGAGGAGAAUGCGCUUCGAGGGGGCUACAGCACUCCGCAGACGCUGGCCAACAGGGAUCGCUGCCGAGUGGCCCAGUUAGCCCUGUUGGAUGGGCCCUUUGCGGACUUAGGGGAUGGUGGUUGUUAUGGUGAUCUGUUCUGCAAAGCUCUGAAGACAUAUAACAUGCUUUGUUUUGGAAUUUACCGGCUGAGAGAUGCCCACCUCAGCACCCCCAGCCAGUGUACAAAAAGGUACGUCAUCACCAAUCCCCCCUACGAGUUUGAGCUCGUACCGACAGACCUGAUCUUCUGCCUGAUGCAGUUUGACCACAACGCUGGCCAAUCCCGGGCCAGUCUGUCUCAUUCCUCCCACUCCUCACAGUCGUCCAGUAAGAAGAGCUCCUCCGUCCACUCCAUCCCGUCCACAGCAAAUCGGCCGAACCGGCCCAAGUCCAGGGAGUCCCGCGACAAACAGAAUGCAACAAGGAUGACUAGAAUGGGCCAAGAAAAGAAAUGGUUUACAGAUGAGCCGGAUAAUGCCUAUCCCAGAAACAUUCAAAUCAAGCCCAUGAGUACCCACAUGGCUAACCAGAUCAACCAAUAUAAAUCCACAAGCAGCCUGAUCCCUCCAAUCAGAGAAGUUGAAGAUGAAUGUUGACUCCCAGGAGACCAGAACUAUUUUUUUAAAGCCUGACAAACUUCAUAAAUGGUGACGUGACUUUUCUUCCUCUUACAUGCUGAAUCACUGGUGGAAAUUCUAGAAUAAGCAAGAAUUGCAAGAAAAUAAAGUUAGACAGAUCUUUCUCUUUGCCUUGAAUACUGCUUCCAUGUAUUUUGGAAAAGAAAAUGGUUUCAUUUAUAAAUGAACAUACUAAAAUAGUCAUGUAUAGCUUUUAGCGUUUUAAAUUAUUUUUAUUUAUUAGAAAGAAAAUAUAUUUUUUCUUUUUUUUUCAUUGCCAGAUAUCUUCCCAUAUAUUACAGAAAUGCAAAAUCAAAAUGAGUAAGUGGCCAGAUUCCUUAAUGCACAUUUCUCUUCUUUCUCUCUUUUUUCUUUGAGGAGAAUGAUGGUCACCACCCCAAUUUGUAAUGAAGGGAAAUGAAUUACUAAAACAAAUUUAAGAUGGCCAACAAUGUAUGCACAUAGUUUAGUAAAUCAAAAAAAAAUGUCAAAAGAGUGGAGGUGAAUAUUUCCCUCUCCCCUGGAUGAGUGUAUGUUUUGAUCUGCAUUGACACCAGCUCUUAACAAAUCAAACUUCAUUAUCUUCACAGUUGAAAGUCAUAUCUUUGUAGUUUCAGUUUUCCUCCAGUGUUUCUUAUCCUUUGUUUAUAUAUUUAGAAGAAAGAACUUCUUGUAACUUUUCUGCAGUUGCCAGAUCAGGUUUAAGCAACCAGCUCAGGAUAUGGGGAAGAGUUAUAGGCACAUCUAGAAUGUGAAGGUUGUGAGCCAGAGGCACCCAAGAGCAGGCUCUGUUGUUCUCAUGGUGAGGCCUCCUCUGCCAUGCUUAUGCUCCUUGUUUCAUACUUCUAAGUCACCCAAGCAAGUUAUGGACUGUGGGAGGAUCUGGUAUGUUCUUUUCCCUGUUCAGAGCUUUUAGUCUGAAAGUUGGUGAACAUCAACGAAUAGUUUACCUAACAAUAGGAUCUAAGAAGUAUGCAUGCUUAUCACAAAUUUUUGGUUUAGAAGUCAGACAAUGUCCAAUUGUCAAGGAGAUGACUUUUGCUCAGAUUUUCAUUUGUUGGCUUUCCUUGGUCGAAUUGCUGGGACAAAACAUUCAAACUCGCUAAAUUACUUACAAAAAAAGAAAAUAAACCAACCGACCAAACAACCAAACCCAAACCAGUAACAACCAAAAGGAAAGUAAGUCAUGCUCUUAACAUAGACUGUUAGAAAAAGGCCUUUGAAAACUACCAGCAAUGAAAUAAAAUGUGUCGGCCACUUCAACCUGUGGUCAAAAGAUUUUUCUAGCCAUCAGAUGCAAUUGUGAUGUCUGAGCUCUGCUGUUGCAUGCACGCCCAGUGUAUAGUCACCUCAACAACUGUUUUCAUUCCAACGACUCAGAAAGUCUUUUCAGCUUCAUAGUGAUCAACCUCUGAUAUGAUCAUCAGGGUCUCUGGAGAAUUUUGGGUGUGACUGUGAUUUUUAUUUUCUUAAAAAUGUAAAAUGUGAACACUUUUCCAAACUAACAAAAAAUAGCCCCUACAGUCCCAUGACAUCUCUUCCAUGAACUCUUUAGGCCAUGAUUCUGUGGUACCUAAUUAUGAUAGUUCAAAUCAGAUCAGAGCAAAGCAAUGUGGUCACCAUGGAAACAUAUGUCCACCUAGGACUCCAAUUACCAAGGUAGGCAAAAUGAGCUUCCACCUCUGUCCACUCCCUGCAGAGCCAAUAUAGCUGUGCUUCCACCUUGUAGGCAAUGUCCUGCAGUGACUUGUCGGACUGUGGUUACUCUGUUGUCACACUUUGUAGAAUUAGUUCUAUAAAAGUAUUGUGAAUAUAAUGUGUGUCCAAUUGGAUUGUUAACACAAAAAUAUUUAUAACCAAUCACUAGUCUACUCAGGCUAAAAUGAUGUCAGCAGUUUUAUAUUUGGGCUUAUAAACAUUUCUUGGUUUCCAACAGAACUCAGAUGUGUUGGUGGGGAGAAUCCACUGCCAGGAUCUUGACAGCAUUCCUGAAAGCUAAGACUUCCUUUAACAUCAUGAUUUUGCAUUGGGGUUACCUAAGUACAUUCAUGUCAAUCCACGCUCUUCUUUCCUUCCUGAACCAUAGUAGGCUCUUCUUUACACUCAUUCUGAUUAACCUUACCUCUGAAUUUGUCUUAGUUCUUUGAUCUCCUAUGGUGACCAAGGGUGUUUACCUAAAUAGUCAUCCAUUAGAAAAAUAAUAGUCUCAACACUCUAUUCCAUGCAAGGCAGGAUCCAGAAGCAUAAUCCCCAUUUCACACUCUAGCUAGAGAUUUAAAUCUAAACUUGCUUCUCAUCCACAAUGGCUCUGAUUGUUUCUUACAGUAAGGGGAUCCCUCCACUCACCAAGCAGCUUCCCAAACUCUAGAUAGUAGAAAUGGAUAUCUACUCCCUAGAGUAGAUAGAGUAAUAAAUGAGAAACAGAUCAAGUGUGAUUCUCAGAUUGUACAGAAAAUGAUCACGUAGUGGCCCCAUUUGAUAAGAACUCACAGCGACUCAGUUGAAACAGAAAUAACAUUUGCUAAAAAAGAACUGGAGGGCUCAAGGCAACAAGCAAAGUUCCCAGUUUGUUUCUGUUGGUUGAGUUCUGAGCCCUCUGUAGGAUAAAACACUGCCUUUCCAUCUACAUUCACCUGAGUCCAAUGGUGGUCCUCUUUGGAAUAUUCCACAUUAGAAGUCUCUGACCUUUAGUCCCUGAUCAGGGUUUCAGAAAAGCUAUCUUGGCAAACUAAUGGCUUGGGUGCUUUGGAAAUCAGUCCAUUUGUAAAACAGAAACCACCUGUGUAAGAGUACAUCAUUGCCAUCACCAUCUUUCUCAUGGCGGCAGUUUGUCUUUGUCUAAGCAACUGUAUUUUGAAAUUACCCUCCCCUGGUAUAAGAUAGCAGAAGAUAUUCACUUAAGGUGUUUUAUGUUUAUAAAUUGAUUACAUCAAAGGCACUUGGAAGAACAGCCUUCCUUCUAUAAGUUAUACUUUGUUUUUGCUGUUGUUUGUUUGUUUUUAAGUGUUGGAAGACUUUAAUCAAGGAAUUAGAAUCGUUUGGAUUGAGUUGGAAGUGGAGAGUGGGAAAACGUACAAAAUUAGAGAUAUUUUGAACGGAAAACAGAAAGUGCCCGACUAUGCUUGAUUUAGAAGUUCAAGAGCACUCAUAAUAAUUUUAGCUAUUAGCUAUAAAAAUGUUCUUUAAAUCCUUCAAGAUUCAGUGACUUAAACAUGAAGUUGAUUUGUUGAGAUGGUAAAGGUCUCUUUAAGACCAACUAAAGCAUUGGUUGCCUUGCCUCAGCCAAGCCCUGAGAGACAAUUUUUUUCCUGAGCUGUAAUCAUGGCUCUUCCGAUCAUAUUAUCCAUAUAGCAUUUCUGAGCUAAACACACUAUCCACUCUCUGCUCUGGACAAAGAACAGUCAGUAUAGUUCAUCUCUCUACUCUCCAGCUUGAAAGCUCUUAGAGUGGAGAUGCAAAGGUUUAUGUUCAGACUCACCUCCACCACUGAUGAGCUGGUUUUAUUCACUAUAGUUUCUCUUUACAGUCUCCCUUCCCACCUUCCCUGUCUCUUGAUGCAGGAGAGAUUUGGAUAGUCUCUUCAUUUCUAAUACACAUCUCCAACAAUAUGUGGAGAGAGUCUGGACAACCCUACUCAGCUGCUGCUAUUCUCAUUCAUGUCCUUCAUCUACGCUCACCCUUACUUCUCAUUUUGUUCCAUUUGUCUGGUUGUGCUCAUGUUCGCACAGUGUCUUUGCUGCUUACAUUCAUAAGUGCCAUUUUGAGUUGUCAUUUUCAUCCUCCAGCAGGACCUUGUGGAAAGAAAAAUAGAAAGACAUAGAAAAGUACAAAGAAAACCAGUACAAGUAGGUGACUCAGAGUCAUCUUGAUUACCAAGAAAUCACACAAAUUCACUGAACACUGAGUUCUUUUAAUCAUAUUUUCUGCUUUUAGAAUGGUGGUAAAGUCAUAGAUAUAGUAGCCCUCACUACUUAAGGCUUUAUGUAUCACUUUCAAAAGCUUAAACAAACUGAAGAAUCACUUUCAACUUAGAUUCCCACUAGAUUCCCUUUAGGCCUCUGCUGUUUUCCCCAUGUUUUUAAUAAAUAUGUUUCUGCAAUAAAAACAAUAAUUUCUCAUUUAAAUCCCAUGAUCUCUUGAUAAAACAAGGAGUCUCUUUGGAUUCAUUUAGGUUAUUUAAGCCAAGUUUAUCUUAACUGGUCUUUGCCCAUUCGUGGCCAGGUAUUAAUAAUUCCAAAAUUAUCACUAAAAUAAGGCAAUGCAGAAGAUAUUUUAAACUUCAUUUUUGAAUAUCUAUGAUAACAAUGAUUUUAAAAUAUUCAGAAAGAGACCCAUGUGACCAAAGACCCUUAUCCCUGCACUUGUUAGGAUCCCCCUGCAUUCCAGUCUCACAUUGCUUCAUGGAGAAAUGAUUCUCAUUUAGACUUUUUGUUCUAGACCACUCUUUUUAAUUGUGCUUUUGAAAAUGUUGGCCGGGUGGUGGUGGCGCACGCCUUUAAUCCCAGCACUUGGGAGGCAGAGGCAGGUGGAUUUCUGAGUUCGAGGCCAGACUGGUCUACAGAGUGAGGUCCAGGGCAGCCAGGGCUACACAGAGAAACCCUGUCUUGAAAAACUAAAAAUAAAAAAAAAAAAAGAAAAUUAAAAUGCAUAACUCCAAGUAUAUAUCAAAAGGUUAGAAAGAAGAACAAAAAGAGAUAUGUGCAACACUUUAAGAAGCCCUGGAAAGAGGUGGUACCUAAGUUGAAAAGAAGAGGUUCCCUUGAAUCAUGAAUGGGAAAAAUGAUAGGCUGGGCUGUGGAGACUUUUUAAUAGGAAAUACUUGGCUUGACGGGAGGCACAAGGUUCGUGAGUUUUUUCCAAUGAAAGGAGCCUUCAGAAGCUAUAAUGCACUGGUACCAAGGUGAUUUUGCCUUAUGGAGCAACUUACCUUCAAAAUUAAGUUUGUGUCCAUGCACUCACUGAAAACAAUAUAUGGCAAGAGUUCGAAGAAGGAGCUAGAAAGUGGGUGAAGAGCCACAUUUAAAUUGGAGCAUUGAUUUAGAAAGUCAGAGAGAGUCACUGAAAGGUCCAAACAAAGAGUGAUGGAUAGUAGUGACUCUACCCUUUGGAGGUCGAAGCCUUUGAGAUGUUCUGCUCUUUCUGGAAAUUAUCACAGAAACCUAGGCUCUCAAGCUGAACCAUCUUCAGUAGCCUGAGGUCCUGUGGUUGCACUCAACAACAGCUCACCAUGAAGAACACCUACCUUCCUCCUACAUUUCCACCCUGUCAUGAAGGACUCAAUUAUUAAAAUACCCAUGAUGGGUCCACCACACAGAUUAAAGGAAAGGAAUAGAUUUUCAGGGUUUUUAAAAAAAAGAGUCCUGCUAGUUAUAUUAUUUUACAGAUAUUAAUAUAAUAAGAAUGCCAGGUAGACCACCAAGAAAUCAUAGAAUAAUCAAGAAUUAAGAAUUUCUAACUAUGAGUGAGCAUUAUCAAGGCAUCUUGUCAGGUAAUCUGCUAACUAGGACUUAGUAGACAGCACCAGUACAUGUUUGUCAGAGGAAUGGAUCCAGUUGGAAGGAUGAGUAUGACACAUUCUUGCUUGCGGUAAGCUUAAAAUCCAACUUAAAGGAGUGCCCUGAAGAGCCAGUAGAGAAAGAGUAAGCAUGUAAAUAACAUUAUCCUCCAAUAGAACAGGAGACAAAGGAACAAGCAGUUUGAAGUGGUUAAUCAAGACUUGUAGACUAGAUGGGGUUUCAGAGGUAGGUAAGCUGAGGAGCAACAUCCUGGUUCACUCAGGAAUGUGGAUAGAUCAAUGAUUGCAUUAGUCAAAUAGUCCCUGUGCACCUGUUGAUGGACAACUUGUGUCCCUUUUUGGCAACAGAAGAUGUAUUAUAUAAAAGAUGCAUCCAAUAAAGACUUUUUAUUAGAUGGGCUACAUAGCAAGUAAGUACCAUGACAGUUGUGGAAGUUUGACUUGGAUUCUAAGGCUGGGUAGGAGUUUGAAAGAGUCUAUAUAAAGGAAUUGUUUACUGCAGACCCCAAGGACAGAGCAGUGCAGAGGGACAGAAAGAAGAGAAGAAUGUGAGAAGAAUUUAGGCAGCUAAGAAAGAGGUUGUUUUCUUCCCUAUAAAAAGAAGGGGAGAGACCUAUUCCCACCAUGAAGAUGUUCUGGGCUGAAGAUGCAGACAGAACUGAAAAGAUGCUCUGGGAGGUCCAGGUCCUAAGGAAGUCCCUUAUACCCCUCCAACUUAGUGCCCCAGGUAACUAUAAAGGGAGAAGUCUGGAUGAGGUUUUUCAAUAAAGAAGAAAGCAUAGGCUUAGAUGAUAGGUCAGUAGAACUGUCUGGGGGCUACAGCCAAGUUUUCAGGGCCUCAAUGGAACAAACCAAGCUGAUAUGAUUAGGACAGAAUAUCUAUUUAGUAUUGGGAGAGUGGGAAACAGAAAGGGGGUUUAAAAAUAGAGAAAAUGAAGCAUUAAAUGUGGGUUGAGAUGCAGGUGAUCUGAAAUGGUAACUCAGAAGUAUUGAGGCAGAUUGGAAGGACCAGUUUUCUCUUUGUCUUUAUCUCAUGUAGUUGCCAUGAAGACUGGAUUGAGUGAGAAACUAGCAGGCCAUUCUAGGUCACUUUUUACACCAUGGAAAUGGAGGAUACAUGGGCAUCUAGGUCAUCAGUGUGCCUUCUAAAGUACCCACAAAAACAUCUUGAGAGGUGGUCUCUCCUUUCAACAGUUCACAUCACUCCCAUUGUACCUCAUCCUUCACCCAGAACCUUCUAGUUGCAACAGCCUUAGUACACAAAAUGCUAAGGUCACCUCAUUUUGAUGGCCUUUCUGGACAGGGUAAACAGCAGAGCUUUUUGGCCAAGUGAAAACUGAUCUCCUUUCUAGGUAGAAUAUUAAAUUGAAAAGAGCUUUCCCCUGGUCUGUUUAUCCCACAAGGAACUUCUGUGUUUCUUCUUGUCCUCCAAAGCUGACCCCAAAGCUCUCCAGGGCCUGUGUUAGGAAACAGCACCUGUCCUGCUGUUUAGAGUCUUAGAUGGAAAUGUACACACACAACACAUGUGCCUGUCAAAGCAUCUCAGAACUUCCUGCCCUAGGGAUCCAGGAGGUAGUCAUCCAGGAGGAGGUAGUCAUGGGGAAAGGAGCCCCUACAAUGAGACAAGUCAAGCUCCAGGUUACACUAAACCAGAGCCCUUCCCACCCCAGUACCUCCGUUCUUCUUUUCCUUCCGCUGUGUACACAUUUGACCAGAACUGCAACAUUUCAAACAUAAACCCAGAUCUGCCUGGAAAUCCUAAUUAAAAACGUUCUGUUCCCAGGUGGUACAAUCACAUCCUGCCUAAAGUGUCUGGCUCACGUCCCACCAUGCAGAUGCUGAAAAGAGACUUUUCCCCACUUAACACCAAAACCUUCAUUUGGGAUUUCUUCAGGGGACAAAGGGAAAAAAAAACCAAUUCAGAGGUACCCAUAUGCAGAGGUCAGCCUACAACAUGUUCAUUAAGGGAAAAGAGCGUGGUUUGUUUCUCUGUCUUACACAUUUUGAUUGCUGGCAUGGUGACUGUGGCUAUGAUAAAUUAUGUAACCAGACAGGAACUAGAGAAGAGAAUAAAUGCUGGUGCUCUGAAAUGACCUACCCAACUCUGUCAUCUGUAACAACCAGUGAUAACUCUCUUGUCUUGUAAAAAGGGUUUGUACAUAACUUGUACAUGGUUUCAUUUUGUAUUUUUCGCAGAUUAAAAAUUUAUGUAUUUGUGUUCUAAAA